GGAAAUAUCCGAUCAAUAAUCAAGAGUCAAUACCAAAAUGUUUCCCCGAAUGAAAGGAAUCGAUUCCUUGGCAAAUCUUUACAAAUUUCGGAGCAUCAUUCCAUUAUUGAUGAUCAAGGCUUUCGUCCUGAGUUGGGCGACAAUUUGUGUUGUCAGGUCUACUCUGACUUAUCCCGAUUUGAUCUUCGAUCGUCGUAAUAAUCCUGAACCCUGGAACAGAUAUAAAAAUAGACCAUACAAGAAGUACAUUGAUACAGGACUCGAUCAUGUUACUAAAUCUCAUGCGCCUGACUAUUGAAGAACUCAAAUAUUGAAAAACUUUUUAA